UUCUCUGGGGGAUUAAACAUUAAACAAGUAGAGAAAAUCAUUUCAGUUCACUUUUAACUGUAGUAAAUGUCACAUCGUCGACAGAAUGAAAUCAGGAUUUUCAGUGAUUUUCAUGUGGCUUUUCCUGAGCGUGGCUUCCUCUUCUGUCGAUGAGAACAGCUGUUUGGAACAUUGUCUUGGAUCUGUAAAACCCAUCUUCGAUCAUUAUCAACGGCUAACAAAUUCAGCUGAUACCAACAAGAAACUGCUGAGUGAAAAAGAUGAUCUAAUCAAGGGACAAGCUAAGCAAAUUGAAGAAAAGGGGAGACAAAUUAAGGAUUUAACAGAUCUGCUUUUAAGGAGCACUUGUCCCAUCGAAGGAGCGCCAGACAAAGACCAAUGGAUCCCCAUCCAAAAACGAUAUGAUGGAAGCUUGUUGUUCAAUCGCACCUGGAGUGAGUUCAGGAAUGGGUUCGGAAACUGUCGAGGGGAGUUCUUCAUCGGGCUGGAGAAGCUGCACAACUUGACUCGUUCCCAGCAGUACCAACUCUUGAUCAAUCUCGGGGAUGUCAAUGGCUCUUCGGCCUGGGCUCUCUACGACGACUUCAGAAUUGGCAACGAGAGUGAAGCAUUCUACCUGAAGUCUUUGGGCGUGUAUAGAGGAACCGCCGGGGACUCACUAACCAGAAGCAUUCCCAUGAAGUUCUCCACUUUGGAUAGGGAUAAUGACACUGAUCCCGAUGAAAACUGCGCCGCUCGUUUAGGAGGCUGGUGGUUUUACCAUUGUGCUAAGAGUUCGCUGAAUGGAGUGUACUACAAGAACGGAACCACUCCCAACAUAGAUGGUAUCUUUUGGUCCUCUUGGCGAAGCGACUACUACACCAUUUCCUUAACCUUCACGGAAAUGAAGAUACGGUCUAUGAAUCAUCAAAAAAACUUGUGAAUAACAAAAGCCAUAUUAUCAUUAAAAUACAUGACUAAAGCAAUAACAAGUUUUAUUCAAAAUACAAUUUGUAAUAUCUG